UAUAAUCCUUCGCUCGUUUCAAGUAGUAAAUAUUAAAUGAUUUCAAGAGUCCAUAUAUUCUCUUUUCACCAUAAAUAUAUUAUCUCUAUAUAUACAUAUACACAGCGUUUCACCAGCCAGCGGAUGCCGGAGUAGCAGCAACGCCUACUAGUAGCGCAGGCCGCAGUUCAACCGCAGACUUGUCAAUACAGAUUGACCGCCGCAUUGUCCCAAUCCGACCUCAAUCCCUCAUGGAGCUACCGGAGAUGGAAUCCAUGGCUUCCGGGAUUGGAGUUUCGGUCCCGGUGCUCCGCUUCCUCAUAUGCUUCGCCGCCACCAUUCCGGUUAGCUUUAUGCACCGGUUUGUGCCUGGUGGGACGGCAGGGCGCCACCUCUUCGCCGCUGUGACUGGCGCCUUUCUGUCGUAUCUGUCGUUUGGAUUCUCGUCGAAUUUGCAUUUCAUUACGCCCAUGCUUUUAGGAUACGCCUCGAUGGUGUUUUGCCGAAAGUACUGCGGGAUCAUUGCUUUCAUCCUUGGCUUCGGCUACCUCAUUGGAUGCCAUGUAUACUACAUGAGUGGCGAUGCAUGGAAGGAAGGAGGUAUAGAUGCUACAGGGGCUCUUAUGGUGAUAACACUGAAAAUCAUAUCAUGCGUCAUUAAUUACAAUGAUGGACUGCUAAAAGAGGAAGAUUUGAGCGAGGCUCAAAAGAAAUACCGGUUGCUCAAGAUACCAUCAUUACUUGAGUACUUUGGUUAUUGUCUUUGUUGCGGAAGUCACUUUGCAGGUCCGGUGUAUGAAAUGAAUGACUAUCUAGUAUGGACUGAGAGGAAAGGGAUGUGGCAACGCACAAAACAGGGACUUUCCCCCUCUCCUUAUGUGGCAACAUUGAGGGCUCUUCUGCAAGCUGCUGUCUGUAUGGGCUUGUAUCUGUAUCUCGGGCCUCGUUUCCCACUUUCCCGAUUUGCAGAACCAGUAUACCAAGACUAUGGCUUCUGGAAACGAUUAAGCUACCAGUACAUGUCUGGCUUCACUGCUCGUUGGAAAUAUUAUUUCAUAUGGUCUAUGUCAGAAGCUUCUGUUAUUAUUUCUGGCCUGGGUUUCAGUGGUUGGACAGAUUCUAAUCCACCCAAACCACGAUGGGACCGUGCCAAAAAUGUUGAUAUAUUAGGUGUUGAGUUGGCAAAGAGUUCUGUGCAGUUACCACUUGUAUGGAAUAUCCAAGUCAGCACCUGGCUUAGACACUAUGUCUAUGAGAGACUGGUUCAGAAAGGUAAGAAACCAGGCUUCGUACAGUUGCUGGCUACUCAAACCGUGAGUGCAGUAUGGCAUGGAUUAUAUCCUGGGUACAUCAUAUUUUUUGUUCAGUCUGCUACUAUGAUUGCUGGUUCAAGAGUUCUUUACCGAUGGCAGCAAGCUAGCCAAACAGAUUCACUGAAGAAGCUGCUCGUAUUUAUAAACUUUGCUUACACACUUCUGGUUCUAAACUACUCCUCUGUUGGUUUCAUGGUAUUAAGCCUGCAAGAAACACUAGCUGCAUAUGAAAGUGUAUACUACAUUGGAACCAUUCUUCCAAUCGGCUUAAUCCUGCUAGGCAAAGUCAUUGUGCCAGCAAGGCCAGCCAGAUCAAAAGCUCAGAAGGACCAGUGAAAUUUCAAAUUGCAUCUCAGGGCUUCAGUUCAGGAGCUUGGAAUGAGAUAAGUGAAAGAGUAGAUUCUGAUAUUUUUUUUUCUGCAACUCUUUGUUUCUUUAUACCUUGUAAAGAUUUUUAACGUUUAACUCUUUUUCCACAAUUUAAACAAUAGUUUUGUUC